GAGGCUUUGCAUAGGCCAGGAAAACAACAUGAAAAAAGUAUGCCUGAAGUUUGAGAUCGGAAAAACCGAGAAGAUUAAAGAGAGAAAGGACGUGAGACUCGGACACUACAAUGGAUGGAAGAAUAAAGGUGAUCCAGACAAAUGCAGAAUCAAGACAUAUAAGGUGGUGGUGAUGGGUCCCAGUUGUGUGGGCAAGAGCGCACUGACCAUUCAGCUUAUUAAGAAUCAAUUUGUGACGGAGUAUGACCCCACUAUUGAAGACUCCUACCAUAGGCAAACCGUGGUGGACAAAGAGCCGUGCCAGCUGGACAUCCUCGACACCACUGGCAUUGAAGAGUAUUGCCCUCUGAGGACCAGUUCAUACACUGGGGAGGGCUUCCUUGUCUAUGCAGUGAAUGACUUUAUCUUUAAGAAUGUUAAUGUCUUCUGGGACCAUCUGCAGAGGCUCAAGGACACCAACCACAUACCCAUGGUGUUGGUGGCCAACAAAGUGGACAUGGCCAACAGGCUGGUGGACCCCACACUGGCAAGGCGGUGGCCAAGAGCUUUGGGGUCCCUUUGUGAGACGUCAGCCAAGACUGGGCAAGGUGUGGAGCAAGCCUUCCAUGAACUGUUCGUGAAAUUGAAGGAUACAAGCUGA